AUGGGAGGAGAAACACAACAGGAAAAAGCCUUUGGAGAUCAUUUGGAUAGGUUGAUGUCAAGUAACAUUAAGGAAGGAGAUAGUAUUGGAAAUAGAUACAAUGAGGACGAUGAUGAAGCACUCAAGUUGAUCACCCAGGCCAGGGAAGCUGCACAACUGGAAUCCAAGUAUGGAAAUCUAGAGGAGGCACGGUUGAAGGGACUCAUUAGUAGACAUCAUGAAUUGAAAAAGGACAUACAGAACUUGUCUUCUACCCGGCCACAAAAGCCAACCAGUCAAACUAGUCAAAAAGGCGAUAGAAUGACAGGUCUGGGUCCACCACCUGCAGCGAUUGAUUUGGAUGAACUACGGUUUGGAGGUGGAGGUGAUGACGAAAACCCCGAAAACUGGUGCUGCAUAUGCAAUGAUGAUGCAAAGUGGACAUGUCUGGGCUGUGAUAAUGACAAGUAUUGUGAUCAAUGUUUCCGAGAGAGUCAUGUUGGACCAGAUGCAGACUGGGAAAUGAAAAAGCAUCGGCCUAGCCCCUUUGCCAAGGCUUCUGGCAACCCAAUUUGA